AAAUUUAAAACAUCAUAGCCAAUAAAAAGUAUCAAUUAACCUAACAUAAAAAAAUACACUGUUUGUAGAUGAUUAGUGAACACCGCACGUGGCACCACCUUCCCUCCCUUGUCAUGAAACGAGUUAGGGAAUGGCUCAGUAACAUAAAGGUGUUACUGGAGGUGGAGUUAAAGCUUGCUCAUGUUUGCCAUUCUCUAAAAAAGCACUGCCCAUUUUCCAUGAUAACACUCAUAGCUGAGCACACCCAUUUAGAACAAACAGGUGCCUUCUUUCUUAUUAUUACCUGAAUAAAACAAACUUUUCUAUGUGGACAAGUUUUUUUAUGGAAAAGAUUAAGCGAGGGAGUUAAUCUAUCUCCCCAAGAUCACAGAGAACGUAAAUACCAUCGGCAAUGACGAUGAGCACCCAGGAGGAGAAGACAUUCAGCGGGAUGAUGGGCUCUACCCUCUGCCUCCUACCCGAGAAGCACUUUUUGUGCCUUCUUUGCAGAGACAUCUUCACCAACCCAGUGACCAUACCAUGUGGACACAGCUUCUGCCUGUCCUGUCUCACUCAAUUCUGGACUCGACACCAGUCCAAAUACUGCCCCGACUGUAGAAGAUUAUUUGUCAACAAGCCUGACCUCAGUGUCAACCGUGUUUUGGCAGAUGUUUCUGAAAAUUACAGAACAGCGCGGCCUCAGAAACCACUGGACGAAGAGACGGUGAUAGACGUUCAACAUAUGAUCCAGGACAGACUGCAGAAGAUAGAGAGGCUAAAAUAUUCUCUGGAUGUCCAAAAGAGUUCUUACCUGCGUGAGGUGCGCGAGAGUCAAACGAUCUUUUCAGCCCUUGUAUGUGCUAUGGAGAAGACUCACAAAGCUGUUGUCUCUGCAAUUGAGGAUAAACAAAAGAAGGAAGAGCAACGAGUGCAGAUGCUGAUAAAAGACAUCAUGAAAGAGAUUGAGCAGCUGAAGAACCACAUGAAUCAACCCGACCCUCAGGUUGAUGAAAGUGACAAACUGAAGCAGGUUGUCUUACCCUCUGAGAUGAAGGACUGGUCCAGGGUUUGCAUUGAAACAGACCCUUGCAUCGGCGUCACAAGAAGAGCGAUGUCAGACAUCUUGGAAAAAAUUAAAUUAGAAGUCAACAGGCUCUCCAAGGCUGAACUAAGGAGACUAGAGAAGUAUACAGUGGAGGUGAACCUAAGUGGAAAGACAGCCCACCCCUUCCUUUCUGUCUCAGAAGACCGGAAACAAGUGAGGCAUACCGACAAGCUUCAGGAGGUCCCAGAUCAUCCCACGCGCUUUGACCGUGUGGCCAAUGUGCUGGCUAAGGAAGCCUUCAGCAGUGGGAGGUGCUACUGGCAGGUGGAGGUCGGCAACAAGAUUGAGUGGAACCUGGGCAUUGCCAGGCAGUCCAUAAACAGGAAAGGCAAGUUCACUGUCUGCCCAGCCAAUGGUUUCUGGACUUUGAGCCUGAAGGCUGGAGGCCAGUAUGUUGCCAACACCUCUCCCAUCACCGUUGUGGCUCUGGAGCAGCAGCCUAGGAAUGUGGCAGUGUUUUUGGAUUACAACGAAGGCCGCGUGUCUUUCUACUGUGCCGAAUCAGGAGUGCACAUUUACACCUUCACGGAUAGGUUUACAGACAGACUUCGUCCAAUCUUCAGUCCUGGACAUUUGCAUGGGGGCAAAAAUGCAGCCCCGCUGAUCAUAACUUCAAGUUUCUGCAGCAUUUGAGCAUCUGUGUUUGAUGUCUCAGUAUUUAUCUGAUUUUGUCAAAUUAUUUAUCAAAUAAAAUGUAUAUUGGACAAUCUUCAAUAAACCACAUAUUAUUCUUUGUAAA